CUCUCUCUCUCUCUCACAGAAAUGGAGAAUCUUCCUUCUGAUCGUAAGAAGGCAAUCCAGGAACUGGAGAGGGGCCGUGAGUUGGCCACCCGGCUUCGCCAGCUCGUUCUCACCUCCGGCGGCGAAGGAGAUGCCGAUCGAACGACGCCGUUUGCCCGAGAUCUUGUGGAUAAGGUGGUGACCUCCUUUUCCAACACCCUUUUGCUCUUGAAUCUCUCCUCUCUCGAUUCCCAGAUGCAACAAUAUUCUUCUUGUUUGCUUCCUGCUAAAUCUGACGACUCUGAAGAUAGUUGCAAGAGCACUUCCGCCGUCAAGGAACGAAGAGGCUCUUAUAAGAGAAGGAGAACAUCACAGACAUCGGAGAUAGACUCCGAAGCUCCGAUUGAUGAUGGCUAUGCGUGGAGAAAGUAUGGUCAAAAGAAUAUAAUGAAUGCCGCAUACCCAAGGAACUACUUCAGGUGCAGUCACAGGUUUGACCAGGGAUGCCAAGCAACCAAACAGGUGCAGAGAAUUCAAGAGAAGCCUGAGCUGCACAGGACAACCUACUAUGGCCAGCACACCUGCAACAGAAACUCGUUGGAGAACGAGAUCAUUUUGGACGCUAAUUCUCCUUCUCACCCUUCCAUAUUAAUCAGUUUUGACAAUAACCUCCCCACGGAACAACCCUUCUUCUCCUCAUCACCUCUUCCCAUGACCAAAACAGAGUGUAAGGAAGAGAUUCCCUCAUCUUCGUCGGAGGAGUACCUGGUCUCCCCUGAAUCAGACCAUAAGGAUCCCGUUUCUGAUAUGUUGUACAGUGAUCUUGUCUUUGAGCCCUUCGAUUUUUGAUGGCUGAGUUAUCUUUUUGGUCUGUAAAGUUGGUUUUAAUUCGUGAGGGUAGUUGUAUCUGUAAGGAUCGAGCCUGAGCUUCUUCAGACAAAGCUCUGAGCUUCGAAAUGUAAAUUACAAUUUGUACUCGCUUUUGGUUUUUGACUUGUUGAGUGCAAUAAGAAUUGUUCAAUCAUUUCAGAUGUGCUUCAGAUUUAAA